AUGUACAACCUGCCGAAGACUGGUGGUGUGAAAUAUUUGACAUUAUCUUCUGCAUUUUUAGUAGUAGAAACCGAAGUCUUCAAAUCUAAUACUCCUUUUCAUCUUGCUGUUCUUGAAAUGAAGCUUCUUCAUGAGAAUAUCUAUCAGAAAGUGCUUGACCGAUUGCUUGAUGUAUACAAACAAGUCAAGAUAGGAAAUCCAUUAGAGAAAGGUACCUUACUCAGGCCACUGCAUACUCGUGCUUCAAGGGAAAAUUUUGAGAAGGGAAUACAGAAAAUCAAGUCUCAGCUUUGUGCUGUUGCUUGGCCAGUUUUUCAGCAAAUCAUUUUCAGUAUGACAUACAUCUGUUACUGUUGA